GCUUUAGUCUGCCAUUCUCCUCCAACCAGGAAGUGUCCGUUUUAAAUGUUAGCAUUAGAAAGCGCGUCAGGAUGACUGAGAUGCUGAAUGGUUCAGACUUUAGAGGGAUUUCGGUGCAUAAUUUCUCCGACAAGAUUCUGGAGCAGGUCGUCCACUUCCACGUGAUGAAGCUGGACGGCGGCUUCUUCCUGUGGGUCGGUUCGGCUCCGGUUCUGUCCAAUCUGGCGGUUUCUAUGAGCAGCAGAUACGAUUCAAUGCCGUUAUCUACACUAGUGAUGGGGGAUCCGUCUAAUACUGCUGCUAACUCUUUGGCACAGAGGUUAGCAAAAAGGACCCAAAAGCAAGUAUUUGUGAGUUACAGUCUACCCAUGACCGACUCCAGCCUAAGCUUGUUGGUGGAAAACCGGAUCAAAAAGGAGCUGGAGCUUCACCCUGAGAACUUUUAAAACACACGGGACAUCCCCUUACCUUACAGUUCCUGUUUCUCCCAUUGAAACUCCCAACACACACAAACGAUAACAUCCACUGUUCUUUUUAUUGACAGAAUAAAUUAAGUGGUUUAUUAUCAAAACAUGUAUGCCUAUGGCUUUUUGUACAAAUGCAUCUUAUUAAAAAAAUAACACUUAGAAAACAG